GGCCGCCCGCGGGGCAGCGCAUGCGCGGGCAGCGGCGCGCCCAGGCGCCUCCCUUCCGCGGGCGUUGCUGCUUCUUGCGCACUCGCUGGAGGAGGAAGGUGUCGCGACGGUUGCGCGGGAACUUGCGUAACGCACGGCGGCUGCGUCCCUCCCUCCUUCCCUGCCUCCUUCCUCCCUCCCUCCGUAAGGCGCCGCGCGAAGGCGGCGCGGCUCCGGGCUGCGAGUGAGGCCGAGCGCAGCGCGGGCUGCCGCCACGGCGCCAUCAUGAGGCGCACGAAGGCCGACGUGGAGCGGUACGUCGCCUCCCUACAGGCCGCCGCGCCUUCGGCCCGGGAGAAAUUGAUGAAAGGAUUCUUUUUUGCUAAGCUGUAUUAUGAAGUAAAAGAAUAUGAACUUGCUAAAAGGUACAUAUCUACAUACCUCAGCAUACAAGAGAGAGAUCCCAAAGCACACAGGUUUCUUGGACAGCUUUAUGAAGCUGAGGAUAACAUAGAAAAAGCUGUUGGAUGUUAUAAGCGUUCUGUGGAGUUGAAUCCAACGCAGAAAGAUCUUGUACUGAAGAUUGCAGAGUUACUGUGCAGUAAUGACGUUACUGAUGGAAGAGCAAAAUACUGGGUUGAGAGAGCUGCUAAAGUCUUUCCUGGGAGUCCUGCUGUUUACAGAUUGAAGGAGCAGUUACUGGAUUGUAAAGGUGAAGAUGGAUGGAAUCAGCUUUUUGACUUGAUUCAGGCAGAACUCUAUGCAAGACCAGACGAUGUCUACAUAAACAUCAGACUAGUUGAGCUCUACCGUUCAAAUAAUAGAUUCAGAGAUGCUGUGCUCCAUUGUCAGGAGGCAGAGAAGAAAAUACCUUUGCAGUCAAGCUUGGAAUGGUGUACCUGUGUUGUCAAGACACUUGAGGAAUAUCUGGAAACUAUCCGAGACUCAGAGUCUGAUAAAAUUAAUUGGAGAGCCACCAAGAAGGAUCUGCUGCUUGCCUAUUCCAGCUUUGUCAAAAUGUCACUUUCUUCUAGAGAUGUUCAAGAAUGUAAAGAAUCACUUGAAAGUUUUGAUCAUGUGCUUCAGUCAGUGAAACCAUAUGUGAAUGGGACUGAUGAGUUGUCUCUCACCUUCCUGGAAAUGAAAGGACACUUCUACAUGCAUGCAGGAACUUUGCUACUCAAAAUGGCCCAACACAGUGAGGCACAGUGGAGAGUUGUAUCUGAACUGGCAGCAUUGUGUUAUCUGAUAGCUUUCCAGGUUCCUAAACCUAAAUCAAAACGAAUAAAGGGGGAUCAAACUGGACAAGAUAUGCUGGAAAUGUUGGCCUGUGAUCGAAAAAGCCAGUCUGGUCACAUGCUGCUGAACUUAAGCCAUGGCAAGCAAGACUUCUUUAAAGAGAUUGUGGAAUCUUUUGCAAACAAAAGUGGUCAAUCUACAUUGUUUGAUGCCCUCUUUGAGAGUGGAGUUUCUAAGGAGAGGUCUUUUCUUGGCACAGAUGAUAUCGGAAAUGUCAGUACACAAGCACCAGAACAAGUGGAACUUGCUAGAUGUGAUGUUGGUGCUGUUCGAAUGCACAAUGGUAGUCUCCAGCACCUUGUAUGGCUUGGCUUGCAAUGGAAGUCUAUGUCAGUCUUGCCUGCAAUACGCAAAUGGUUAAAACAGCUCUUUCACUUGCCCCAAGAAACAUCAAGACUUGAGACAAAUGCUCCUGAAUCUAUUUGUCUGUUGGACCUUGAAGUAUUUCUACUUGGGGUGGUAUUCACUAGCCACUUGCAACUACAAGAGAAGUUUAAUACUCACUACGGCGUACAUCAGCCUCAAUUCUUACCAUUGCCAGUGUGCAAACAGCUCUAUACCGAAAGGCAGAGAUCCUGGUGGGAAGCAGUUCGUACUCUUAUUCACAAAAAAACAAUACCAGGAACAGCAGCAAAACUGAGGCUUCUAGUACAGCAUGAAAUAAGUACUCUGCGAGCAUUGGGGAAACAUGGCCUUCAGCCUGCCUUAAUUAUACACUGGGCAAAAAGCCUGCAAAAAACAGGCACUAGCCUUAACUCUUUCUAUGACCAAAAGGAAUACAUUGGACGAAGUGUUUACUACUGGAAGAAAGUUUUGCCUGUGCUGGAAACUAUCAAAAAGAAGAAGAGUAUUCCUGAACCUACUGAUCCUCUUUUCAAACACUUCCAUAGUGUAGACAUUCAGGUCUCCCAGGUUGCAGAGUAUGAAGAGGAGGCACAUAUAGCGUUUGCAAUGUUGGAUGCAGUUGAUGGCAAAACAGAUGAUGCUUUGUUAGCAUUUGAAGCUAUUAAGAAUGUGGUUUCAUACUGGAAUCUUGCCUUGAUCUUCCAAAGAAAGGCAGAAGAAAUUGAGAAUGAUGCCAUGUCGCCAGAAGAACAAGAAGAACACAAAAGCUAUCUUCUUAGAAGCAGGAAUUAUCUAAUAAAGAUCAUCGAUGAAAGCUUUUUAGAUACCUCAGUAACAGAGAAGCUGCCAGUGUCUAUAGAAACUGUUAAGGAAAUGCUGGAUACAGUGAUCCAGGAACUUGGAGAGAAUGGUGAAGAAGGAAGUCUGGCCUUCAGAAGUGAUCUGUCACGAGCUGUAGAUUCAGAGAUCAAACAUUCCACUCCAUCACCAACCAAGUUCUCUCUAUCACCAACUAAAAGCUAUAAGUUUUCCCCUAAAACACCCCCUCGGUGGGCAGAAGAUCAAAAAUCUAUACUUCAAAUGAUCUGUCAGCAAGUAGAAGCUUUAAAGAAUGAGAUGCAAGAAAUGAAACUUAACAAUUCCAAUUCAAAUGUACCAUCUCAUCGGUGGCCUUCCGAAAGCUUUGGAACAGAUACAAUGUCAGAUGGUUAUCAGAGAGCACAAAAUCUUCAUGAAGCCCCAUUAACAGUUGCUACCACUGGCCCAUCUGUUUAUUAUAGCCAGUCACCUGCCUAUAACUCUCAAUAUCUUCUCAGAACAGCUGCAACCAAUGUAACACCAACAAAGGCUCCUGUCUAUAGCAUGAACAGACUCACACCUCAGCAACACAUAUAUGCUUAUCAACAACCAAUGCAUACACCACCUCUGCAAAACACUUCUGCUUGUAUGUUUUCUCAAGAAAUAUAUGGCACACCCCUGCGUUUUGAUUCUCCUGCUACCGGACUCAUUUCUCCUCGUGCGGGUGAUGAUUACUACAACUACAGUGUUCCACAGGCAAGCACAAAUCCACCACUGCCUGAACCAGGCUAUUUUACAAAGCCCUCAACUGCACCUCCAACUUUAAAGCCUGCAGAAUCAAAAGUAAUAGAAUUUGGGAAAUCUAAAUUUGGACAGCCAGUAACAGCAGAAGGAGCAAAACCCUCUCUGCCAGCACAGUCAAAUCAGUCAGCAACUUUUAAAUUCAACACCAACUUCAAGUCUAACGAUGGAGACUUCACCUUUUCUUCUCCUCAAGUUGCAACACAGCCUGCUAAUGCACCUUUUAACAGCAGUGAAAGCCUCUUGGGUCUUCUGACAUCUGAUAAACCUUUACAAGAUGAUAGGUACGUGGAACAAAAGACAGUUCAUGAUCAUGCAAGUAGUCAAAGAAAUGUCUUCAAUUUCGGCAAUAAACAUAUUCCAGGCAUCUGUUUCACAGAAAGCAUGGGACAAAAUGCACACAAAAACUUGGUUUUUGAAAAGAGUGAUAUGUUUAGUUUCCAGGAACCAGGCAAGCCAGCAUUUGGUACUCCAAAUUCAGAUUUGGCCAAUAGAAGUCAUGAAACAGAGGGAGGAAGCACUCAUGGUGGUGAUGAGGAUGAUGAUGGUCCUCAUUUUGAUCCUGUGGUACCACUCCCUGACAAGAUUGAGGUAAAGACAGGUGAAGAAGAUGAAGAAGAAUUCUUCUGUAAUAGAGCCAAGCUUUUCCGUUUUGAUGCAGAAUCUAAAGAAUGGAAAGAAAGGGGUAUAGGGAAUGUGAAAAUACUGAGGCAUAAAGUAUCUGGCAAAUUUCGUCUCUUGAUGAGACGGGACCAAGUAUUGAAAAUCUGUGCAAAUCACUACAUAAAUACCGAUAUGAAAUUAACCCCAAAUGCUGGGUCAGAUAAGUCAUUUGUAUGGCAUGCUUUAGAUUAUGCAGAUGAGAUGCCAAAGCCUGAGCAGCUUGCAAUUCGAUUUAAAACACCAGAGGAAGCGAUGGUUUUCAAAAAUAAAUUUGAAGAGACACAGAAUAUUUUAAGGACCUCAGGAUCAAAUGCUGACAUUUCUGUGACUCAGAGUAGUGGGACUGCAAGAGAAACAACAAAUCAGGACAUCAAGGAGUCUAACAGACUAGUUUCUGGGACCUUGAAUUUUGGAUUUCAGUUGCCAAAAGAUGGGAUGAGUAGUGAACCUGACAGCAAAGGCAGCUUUACAGCUGCAUCGACAGUGUCUGCUCCUGCCACUUUUUCCUUUGUAAAGGAUGCCCCACCAACCUAUUCUUCUGGUGGUUUUGAACAGUCUGUGCUGAAGAAGGAUCAAUGGGAGUGUAAAACAUGCUUAGUUUUGAAUGAAGCAACUGUGAAGAAUUGUGUAUCAUGCCAAACUCCAAAUCCAGAUAUCAAGGAAAUACAUGGCACACCAUUAGCUGAACCUGCUGCAAGCUUCAAAGCCAGUGGUGACACUGUGCAGGACAAAUUUGCAUCUGCUUUUGCUAAAAAGGAAGGCCAGUGGGACUGCAAAAUCUGUUUAGUAAGGAAUGAGCCCACUGCCUCUAAAUGUGUUGCCUGCCAGAGUCCAAGCAAAAAUAACACAGAAGUAUCGUUUCAACAAAAGUCCUUUAAACUUGAUCAAGGAGAUAUUACAAAGGCUAUUCAAAAUGACUUGGGAGCUGUGUUUUCUAAAAAGGAAGGUCAGUGGGACUGCAGCGCAUGUCUAGUCCAAAAUGAAGCCAAUGAUGUAAACUGUCGUGCUUGUCAGAAUCCUAACUCUCAAAGUCAACCAAACGUGCCUACACCAGCUUUUCAGGCAUCCCCUGCUCCCAAGUUUGGUUCCACUGCUGAUGCAAGUAAGCCACAGAAAAAUGGAUUUGAAGGACUUUUUACUAAAAAGGAAGGGCAAUGGGAUUGUAAUACUUGUUUGGUAAGAAAUGAAGGCUCUUCUGCAGCUUGUGUAGCUUGCCAAGCACCAAAUCCAUCUGGUAAGCCUGCUGGUGAUGCUUCAUCAACUUCUACUUUUGGCUUUAAAAGCAAAUUAUCUGAACCUGCCGGAGGACAGUUGGGAACAGGUUUUAAGUGUGAUUUCUUAGAAAAAGGCUUUAAGUUAGGUCAUUCAGAGCAAGGCAAGACACCAUCAUGUACACUUCAGAUUCCUUCUGAUACUGAAGCUAAGACUGUAAAGGAAGGAUUUAGCUUUUCAAUGCCAGUGCCUGCAGGUGGAUUUAAAUUUGGCAUACAAGAGUCCAGUAAAAAUACCACUAAGAAAGAUGAUCCAUCCAAAGAGUGUACAGCUGGCUUCUUAAAAAGCACUGAUGAAAAAGACAAAAAGGAGCUGCCUGUGGAUAGUGGAACUAGCAUCCAACCUGAAGAAACAGCAAACAAGGAGAGAGGUGACUUUGUUUUUGGGCAAAACAGCAGCACUUUCACUUUUGCUGAGCUUGCAAAAAGUACUCCUGGGGAAGGGUUUCAAUUUGGCAAAAGAGACCCUAAUUUCAAAGGCUUUUCAGGUGCGGGCGAAAAGCUGUUUUCUUCACAGACUUCUAAAAUGGAUCACAAAGCAAGCACCUCUGACCUUGGUGAGAAGGAUGAUGAUGUGUAUAAGACAGAGGACAGUGAUGAUAUCCAUUUUGAACCUAUAGUUCAGAUGCCUGAAAAAGUAGAGCCAUUUACAGGAGAGGAAGAUGAGAAGAUGCUAUACUCACAAAGAGUAAAGCUAUUCAGGUUUGAUUCAGAAACAAGCCAGUGGAAAGAAAGAGGGGUGGGCAACUUGAAGAUUCUUAAAAAUGAAGUUAAUGGCAAAGUAAGAAUAUUAAUGCGACGUGAGCAGGUACUGAAAGUGUGUGCAAAUCACUGGAUAACAACUACAAUGAACUUGAAACCGCUGUCUGGCUCAGACAAAGCAUGGAUGUGGAUGGCCAGUGACUUUUCUGAUGGUGAUGCAAAGCUGGAGCAGCUGGCAGCAAAAUUCAAGACACCAGAGCAGGCUGAGGAGUUCAAAGAGAAGUUUGAAGAAUGCCAGAGGCUGCUACUAGAUAUACCUCUGCAGACACCACAUAAACUUGUUGAUACAGGUAGGACAGCUCAACUUAUACAGAAAGCAGAAGAAAUGAAGAGUGGGUUGAAAGAUCUGAAAACAUUUCUGACAGAUGAUAAAACUAAGCUGACAGAAGAAGAAAAUGCAAACUCUGUUUCUGCCAGCAGUACUGAUCUGGUUAUAAAGCCACAUGCUGAAAGUACCGGGCCUACUCUGGAAUGGGAUAACUAUGAUUUGCGUGAAGAAGCAUUGGAGGACAGUGUAAGUAGCUCUGUAUAUGCAUCACCUCUUGCAAGCAGCCCUGUAAGGAAAAACCUGUUUAGAUUUGGAGAGUCUACUACCGGUUUUAACUUCAGUUUUAAAUCUGCCUUGAGUCCCUCCAAAUCUCCUGCCAAGCAGAACCAGAGCAGAGCAUCUGUAGGCACAGAUGAAGAUUCUGAUGUUACUCAAGAAGAGGAAAGAGAUGGGCAGUACUUUGAACCUGUGGUACCUCUGCCUGACCUUGUGGAAGUGACCAGUGGUGAGGAAAAUGAGCAAGUUGUCUUCAGUCACAGAGCUAAACUCUACAGAUAUGACAAAGAUGCUAAUCAGUGGAAAGAGAGAGGUAUUGGGGAUAUCAAGAUAUUGCAGAAUUAUGACAACAAACAAGUGCGCAUAGUAAUGAGAAGGGACCAGGUACUAAAACUCUGUGCCAAUCAUAGAAUAACACCAGAUAUGAAUAUGCAACAAAUGAAAGGAACUGAUAGAGCAUGGGUAUGGACUGCGUGUGACUUUGCAGAUGGGGAAAGGAAGGUAGAACUACUAGCUGUGCGAUUCAAACUGCAAGAUGUCGCAGACUCAUUUAAGCAGAUUUUUGAUGAAGCAAAGCAUGCCCAAGAGAGAGACACGCUGAUAACACCUCUCUCUUCCCGUGCCAAUACACCUAAAGAAUCUCCAUGUGGUAAAAUUGCUGUAGCUGUACUAGAAGAAACUACUAGAGAAAGAACUGACCUCAGCCACGAUGAUGAUACUUCCGAUGUAACUGUAGAGGCCUCAGAGGUGUCAAGCACUUCUGAAACGCCAACAAAAACAGUGGUUUCUCCUCCAAAGUUUGUGUUUGGUUCUGAGUCUGUCAAGAGUAUUUUCAGUAAUGAAAAGUCAAAGACAUUCACAUUUGGAAAUACUUCAGCUACCGGUUCCCUCUUUGGCUUCAGCUUUAAUCCUCCAAAAAAAAGUGAAGACCAUAUUCCAGUGUUUCAGAACACAGCACAGAAAGAACUGGAGGUAGCUGAACCACUGAAAAGCUAUAGUAGUCAUCAAAAGCCGCUAGACAGCAAGGUAGACAACUUGGCUACUUCAACACAGGAUGGACCCUCUAACUUCUCAUUUAGAAUUCUGGAAAAAGCUGAGAAGAAGAAAGUGUCAGAAGAUGAUCUUCCAUCUGAUGAGGUUAUACUUGUUUAUGAGUUAACACCUACUGCUGAGCAGAGAGCUCUGGCUGACUUCCUUAAGCUACCUUCAACUUUUUUUUGUUAUAAGAAUAAGCCUGGAUACGUGAGUGAGGAGGAGGAUGAUGAAGACUAUGAAACUGCUGUUAAGAAACUUAAUGGAAGACUGUAUCCCAGUGAUCCAGAAGAGAAAGGGAAAUUGCAAGAUCCUGCAGAAGUAGGCAUCAAAGGAGAAAGUGAAUUGGAGAAUGAAAGAGAAUGUGUUAUUGUUUGGGAAAAGAAACCAACUCCUGAGGAAAAGGCUAAAGCAGAAGCUCUGCAGCUUCCUUCAACCUUUUUCUGUGGUGUUAGCAGUGAUACUGAGGAUGACAGUCCAGAAGACUUUCAGACAGAAGUUAAAAUUCAAGAAAUGAAAGAGAAUGAGGUUACAAGCUCAACUGACUUAGGCUGUGCCUAUAAGGAGGAAGUACCUACUCCAUCAACCAGUGAGGCAACAGUACUUGUCCAGUCAGUUACUAAACAUGAAGAACCAGAUUCUACCACAGAAACUGUGCAAGUAUCACAGACUCUAUCAGGCACUGAUGACAAACCUGUAGAUUUGUCAACUAAAAAAGAAAGUGAUUCAGACUGUGCAAACUCAACACAAGAAAACAGAAUCAUCUCCUUUGGUUUCGGCAAUACCUCAGGAUUGUCAUUUGCAGAUCUGGCUUCCAAAAGCUCUGGAGACUUUGCUUUUGGCUCAAAAGAUAAAAACUUCAAAUGGGCAAAUACAGGAGCAGCUGUAUUUGGAGUACAGGCAGCCAACAAAGCAGAUGAAGAUGAAGGUGGUAGUGAUGAUGAGGUUGUACAUAGUGAUGAUAUCCACUUUGAGCCAAUUGUGUCCUUACCAGAGGUGGAGGUAAAAUCCGGAGAAGAAGAUGAAGAAAUUCUCUUCAAAGAGAGGGCAAAACUUUACAGAUGGGACAGAGAAGUUGCUCAGUGGAAGGAACGUGGUGUUGGAGAGAUAAAGAUCCUCUUCCAUACACAGAAGAAAUAUUACAGAGUCCUAAUGAGAAGGGACCAAGUUCUUAAAGUCUGCGCAAACCAUGUUAUCACCAAAGCAAUGAAUUUAGUGUCCUCAGAUACAUCAAGCAAUGCUUUAAUUUGGACAGCCACAGAUUAUGCUGAUGGUGAAGUAAAAGUAGAACAACUUGCAGUCAGAUUUAAAAGCCAAGAACUGGCUAAUUCUUUCAAGAGAAGAUUUGAAGAAUGCCAGCUAAAUUUAUCAGAACUACAGAAAGGACACCUGUCUCUGGCAGCAGGAUUGUCAAAGGACACCAACCCUGUUGUGUAUUUUGAGGUUUCUGCUGAUGAUGAACCCUUAGGACAUAUAACCAUGGAGCUGUUUUCAGAUAUUGUCCCUCGAACUGCUGAAAACUUUAGAGCCCUGUGCACAGGGGAGAAGGGAUUUGGAUUCAAGAACUCCAGGUUUCACAGAAUAGUUACUGACUUUGUCUGUCAGGGAGGUGAUAUUACUAACCAUGAUGGAUCAGGUGGACGAUCAAUUUAUGGAGGAGAUUUUGAAGAUGAGAAUUUUGAAGUGAAACACACUGGUCCUGGAUUGUUGUCAAUGGCAAAUAGGGGGCGGGAUAAAAACAACUCUCAAUUCUUCAUAACACUUAAAAAAGCAGAACACUUGGACUUCAAACAUGUUGUAUUUGGGUUUGUGAAAGAUGGAAUGGAUGUCGUGAAAAAAAUUGAAUCUUUCGGUUCUCCCAAAGGGUUAGUAAGCAGAAGAAUUGUCAUUACAGACUGUGGACAAAUAUAGAAUUAUUGCUUUGAGUAUACAGAUGUUCUAGUGGUAUAAAUCUGUAUUUAGAUGUUAUAGACUAAUUAUUUCAACUUCUCAAAAUGGACACUUCUGAUGUAUAAAUGUAAAAUUACAGCUUACAGUUGUUUUUUGUGUUGUAAUUGAUUUUUUUUUUGCAUGUUAAAUAAAAGUUCAGACACUGGCAUAUUUCAGGUGUACUUGUGUUAUCCUGAUAUAUUUGUAUUAAAUGUUAAAUUUUAAACAUUAAAUCUUAGUCUUGUUAAA